UGGUUUACAUCUACAGUCAGAACAUUUGUGGAAUAUCAACAGGAUGAUUUCCUUCAUAGUUUUGGCAGCAUGUUUGCUGGGAACUCAAGGUCAAAUACAUGGGGACCACGGCCAUGGACACGAUGCACAUGGAGGUCAUGGACACGAUACACAUGGAGGUCAUGGAGUUGACCCCUGGAAUGUAGAACCCCUGGGUCCGGUACCAGGUGUAGGUGGCGCUCCCUGGGGUGCCAGAACUGUCCCAGGUCGACAGGGACCAUGGGACGGGGGUAUUGAUCGGCCACAACAAGGAAUAAAUAGACUACGUGAUCUUGUCAACAGGGGUGUGCAAAAUCACAGAGGACCUCGUGGUCGUUUUCCUGAUUCACUCCGUCCAGAUAUACAAGGUCGCCACCCUAUAGAUUUCCCAGAACCACACGUACCAAUUAGACCUCAUGUCGACCCUCAUCUCAAUCCUAGAAAAUACGGAAAAGGACCGAACAGACACGAGAGAAGACUCAGGAAGAAUGAGAGGAAGGUGCAAAAGAAAAUAAAGAAGACGAUAAAGAAACACAAAAGGAGGCAAAGGAAACUAAAAAAUAAGGCCCUGAGGAAACACAAGAGGAACCAAAGGAGAAAACAAAGGGCACACAGACAAUAUGGAAAAAGAUAUUAGU